ACCUAAUUGUGAAUUAUGUGAUUUACGUGACUACGCGACGUUCAGGCGAGACGAUUGCAACAGAUUGCAGUUGCAGUGAUAGCGCGUUGAAGCAAAGAUGGCGGACGAGCAGCACAAAUUAUUGGAACACUUAGAAAAAGUUGAAAACAAAGCUGGCGAAAUUCUCACUGAUCGAGAAGAAAUAGUCGCUCUAGACAAGAGACGAAAUGAUGAUCGUGUUGGAAUGAGAGCACUUCAAAAACAGUCGCAUGAAAAAACUUGGAUAACAGUAGGACCAUUACUUUUAAAGAUGUCGUCUAAAGCAGCUGAAGAAUUACUUGUAAAAGAUCAGAGAGAAUGUGAUACUGCCAUUAAUAAACUAAGAAGCGAUUUAAAAAUAAAAGUAAAUGAACUCCGUGAUUUAGAAUUGACUCCACCAGUACCUGGAUUAAUGUUAGAACCUAUGUCUCAUAAAGAAAUGAAUGCAAUCGGGCAAAUUCUCGGUCGAAGUGUCUGAUAUAUACAUAUAUAUAUAUAUAUAUGUAAUAAAGUUGUUU